CGCGCUUGCCUAUGAGUCCUUCCAGUAGGUGCUGAGUGCGCCUGCGCUCUGGGGGUUUCAUUCUUACCCAGCCCCAGCAGCAGCAGCAUUGGGGUGGAGGAGGAGAGCAGCAGCAGCAGCAGCAGCCAUGCACUGCAGUAGGAGCGGCGGGAAUUAAGCGGGAUCUGCUGCUCCCAUUCUACUGCAUGCACCCUCUGUAACGUACACGAGUCCGGCUUUACUAGCACCCCCCAUCUGCUCUUCCAGCAGCUCCAGAAUGGACUGCUGAACUAGGAAAUAUUCCAGACCCAAUAAUACAACAUUGCUGCACCACUCGCAGCUUUAUCUAUUACUAGUUAUUUAAAUUGGACUUUUAAUAUCCUACCAGCUGCUCUUCAGACACACAUGGUGCAUUGUUGCCAUUCCCAGAAUUGCAUCUUUGAAACCCAGGCCCUCAGUAACCUUCAUCGAACAAAGAGGCGACCUACAGGAUACAUUUAUAGUGGGGGUUUUCAGACCUACUGCCCUCUAGCUUUAUUCUCGCCGGUGCUGUAUUUCUAGCACACCAUGGAGCCCAGUAUGGAGUAUUGCUUAGCGCAGGUGCUUCAGAAAGACGUUGGAAAGAGACUUCAGGUUGGCCAAGAAUUGAUAGAUUAUUUCUCAGAUAAACAGAAGUCUGCUGAUCUUGAACAGGAUCAGACUAUGUUGGAUAAAAUGGUUGAUGGACUUGCCACAUCUUGGGUAAAUUCCAGCAAUUACAAGGUGGUUCUGCUGGGGAUGGACAUCCUGUCUGCACUAGUGUCACGGUUACAGGAUCGCUUUAAAGCUCAGAUAGGCACAGUGUUGCCAAGUUUACUUGACAGGCUGGGAGAUGCUAAAGACUCAGUGCGGGAGCAGGAUCAGGCUCUGCUGCUAAAAAUUAUGGAACAAGCUACUAAUCCUCAGUACGUGUGGGAUAGACUGUUGGGAGGAUUCAAACACAAGAAUUUCCGGACGAGAGAAGGGAUUUGCCUCUGCCUUAUUGCAACCCUCAACGUAUCCGGAGCUCAGAGUUUAACACUGAGUAAGAUUGUGCCACAUAUAUGUAACUUACUUGGAGAUCCAAACAGCCAGGUUCGAGAUGCAGCAAUAAACAGCCUAGUGGAAAUUUACAGACAUGUAGGUGAACGUGUAAGGGCAGAUCUCAGUAAAAAAGGAUUACCACAGUCUCGGUUGAAUGUAAUUUUUACAAAAUUCGAUGAGGUCCAAAAAUCUGGAAACAUGAUCCAGGGUGCAGGUGAUAAAAAUUUUGAUGAUGAAGACUCUGUGGACGGGAACAGACCUUCCUCGGCCAGUUCAUCUACAUCUUCAAAGGCCCCUCCAAACUCUCGCAGAGUUGGCAUGGGGACGGCUCGCAGACUUGGGUCUGCAGCUCUGGGCUCAAAGUCCACAGCAGCCAAAGAGGGAGCUGGUGCUGUUGAUGAGGAGGAUUUUAUUAAAGCAUUUGAAGACGUCCCAACAGUUCAGAUUUAUUCCAGCCGAGACCUUGAAGAAUCCAUAAACAAAAUUAGGGAAAUCCUAUCGGAUGAUAAGCAUGACUGGGAGCAGAGAGUAUCCGCACUGAAAAGGAUCCGAUCCUUACUAUUAGCUGGAGCUGCUGAGCACGAUAACUUCUUCCAACACUUACGCCUGCUAGAUGGAGCAUUUAAAUUAUCUGCUAAAGAUCUGCGGUCUCAGGUAGUGCGAGAGGCGUGUAUCACGUUGGGACAUUUAUCUUCAGUUUUGGGAAACAAGUUUGACCAUGGGGCAGAAGCCAUCAUGCCAACCAUCUUUAAUCUGAUUCCUAACAGUGCCAAAGUAAUGUCCACUUCUGGUGUUGUAGCUGUUAGAUUAAUCAUCCGACAUACGCACAUCCCUCGGCUAAUACCCAUCAUAACCAGUAACUGUACCUCCAAGUCUGUUGCAGUUAGAAGGCGCUGCUUUGAGUUUUUAGACUUGCUGUUACAGGAAUGGCAAACACACUCCCUAGAAAGACACAUCUCAGUAUUAGCGGAAACAAUAAAGAAGGGAAUCCACGAUGCAGACUCUGAAGCAAGGAUAGAGGCAAGAAAAUGUUAUUGGGGCUUCCACAAUCACUUCAGCAGAGAAGCAGAACACUUGUUUCACACGCUGGAAUCCUCCUAUCAGAAAGCCCUGCAGUCUCACUUGAAGAACUCAGAUAGCAUAGUGUCCCUGCCUCAGUCCGAUCGGUCGUCCUCCAGUUCCCAGGAGAGUCUCAACCGUCCAUUGUCUGCCAAAAGAAGUCCUACUGGGAGCACUACAUCCAGAGCCUCUACCGUGAGUACAAAAUCCGUGUCAACCCCAGGAUCUCUGCAGCGGUCUCGCAGUGACAUCGAUGUGAAUGCAGCAGCUAGUGCCAAGUCGAAAGUAACAUCUUCUGGAGCUUCCACCCCCUUCAGUUCUGCAGCAGCCCUGCCCCCAGGCUCGUACGCAUCACUAGAUGGUACUACCACUAAACCUGAGGGUCGGAUCCGUACAAGGAGGCAAAGCUCUGGAAGUGCCACAAGUGUUACCUCAACGCCUGCCGAUACCCGAGGCCGCAGCCGUGCUAAAGUAGUUUCACAGUCCCAGCGAUCCAGAUCAGCUAAUCCUGCUGGUGCUGGCAGCCGGUCUAGUUCUCCUGGCAAGCUGUUGGGAAGUGUGUACGGCGGCCUGACCAGUGGAACAGCUAGAGUCCCACCAGUGCCAUCAUCCUCAGAAAAACGCAGCAAGAUCCCUCGAAGCCAGGGAUGCAGCCGAGAGACAAGCCCCAACAGAAUAGGACUAGACCGGUUUGGACUCGGACAGCCAGGCAGGAUGCCUGCUUCUGUGAAUGCCAUGCGAGUGCUGAGCUCAAGCACAGAUCUGGAGGCUGCUGUGGCUGAUGCACUGCUGUUAGGAGACUCCAGGAGCAAGAAAAAGCCAGUGAGAAGAAGAUAUGAGCCAUAUGGGAUGUAUUCUGAUGAUGAUGCUAAUAGCGACGCAUCGAGUGCUUGCUCCGAGCGCUCAUAUGGUUCUAGGAAUGGAGGUAUUCCACACUACCUACGACAAACUGAAGAUGUGGCUGAGGUCCUAAACCACUGUGCCAGUUCCAACUGGUCGGAGAGAAAAGAAGGGCUCAUAGGCCUUCAGAAUUUAUUGAAGAGCCAGAGGACGCUGAGCCGAGUCGAAUUAAAACGGCUGUGUGAGAUCUUUACGCGCAUGUUUGCUGACCCUCACAGCAAGAGAGUUUUCAGCAUGUUUCUAGAAACCUUGGUAGAUUUCAUCAUCAUCCAUAAAGACGACUUGCAAGAUUGGCUGUUCGUUCUCCUGACACAGUUACUUAAGAAAAUGGGAGCAGACUUGCUAGGAUCUGUGCAGGCAAAAGUUCAGAAAGCUCUGGAUGUAACAAGGGAUUCUUUUCCAUUUGAUCAGCAGUUUAACAUUUUGAUGAGAUUUAUUGUAGAUCAGACCCAAACACCAAACCUCAAGGUAAAAGUUGCAAUCCUGAAGUACAUUGAGUCCCUGGCAAGACAGAUGGACCCAACAGACUUUGUGAACUCCAGUGAGACCAGACUUGCUGUAUCUAGAAUCAUAACUUGGACAACAGAACCAAAGAGCUCAGAUAGUAUGCAUAGUUGGGUAGGUGAGGAUUUGCCAGCUAGAUCAACUACAGCCUCCUCAGGGCCUGGUGAAGGAAACUUGGAAGAGAAAUGUAAACAGGCAGCACAAAUAGUCCUGAUUUCACUGUUUGAACUGAACACUCCCGAGUUUACCAUGUUACUUGGUGCCUUGCCAAAAACAUUCCAAGACGGUGCUACCAAGCUCCUCCACAACCAUCUCAAGAACUCCAGUAACACUAGCGUGGGUUCUCCUAGCAAUACUAUUGGUCGGACUCCUUCGCGGCACUCUAGCAGCAGGACCAGCCCCUUAACUUCCCCUACCAACUGUUCCCAUGGUGGACUGUCUCCAAGUCGUUUCUGGGGUUGGAGUGCAGAUGGGCUGUCGAAGCACCCCCCUCCCCUUUCUCAGCCUAACUCCAUCCCCACUGCUCCUUCCCACAAGACUUUCAGACGCUCUUACUCGCCCAGCAUGCUGGAUUAUGACACGGAGAACCUAAAUUCCGAUGAAAUCUACAGCUCUCUUCGUGGAGUCACAGAGGCAAUUGAAAAGUUUAGUUUUCGUAGUCAAGAGGAUCUGAAUGAACCAAUCAAGCGUGAUGGAAAGAAGGACUGUGAUGUGUCACGAGAUGGUGGAAUAGCUGCACCUGCCAGCGAUGUACGUGGAAGCAGUGAUGUCAUGGAAGGAGGAAGGAUGGCUCUAGAUAACAAAACCUCUCUACUUAAUACUCAGCCUCCACGCGCCUUUUCAGGGCCCCGAGCCCGAGAUUAUAAUCCCUACCCUUAUUCGGACACAAUCAACACCUACGACAAGACUGCCUUGAAAGAGGCUGUGUUUGAUGAUGAUAUGGAUCAGCUUCGAGAUGAAGUAUCCAUUGAUCAUUCUGAUUUGGUAGCUGAUCUUCUGAAAGAACUGUCCAACCACAACGAACGGGUGGAAGAACGGAAAGGAGCCCUGCUCGAGCUAUUGAAGAUCACGCGAGAAGAUAACCUGGGAGUUUGGGAGGAACAUUUCAAAACCAUUUUGCUCUUGCUGCUAGAAACACUUGGAGACAAAGAUCAUUCAAUAAGAGCGCUGGCAUUAAGAGUAUUGCGGGAGAUCCUAAGAAAUCAGCCAGCAAGAUUUAAAAACUACGCAGAGCUAACCAUCAUGAAAACACUGGAAGCACAUAAGGAUUCCCACAAAGAGGUUGUCAGAGCUGCUGAGGAAGCUGCUUCCACCCUGGCCAGUUCCAUACACCCUGAACAGUGCAUCAAAGUGCUCUGCCCCAUCAUUCAAACCGCUGACUACCCAAUUAAUCUAGCUGCCAUCAAAAUGCAGACAAAAGUCAUUGAAAGGAUUUCAAAAGAAUCUUUACAUCAGCUCCUUCCUGAUAUCAUCCCUGGAUUGUUACAGGGGUACGAUAAUACAGAGAGCAGCGUUCGCAAAGCCAGCGUGUUUUGCCUAGUGGCAAUUUAUUCAGUAAUUGGAGAAGAACUGAAACCUCACCUCGCACAGCUCACAGGAAGCAAGAUGAAGCUACUAAACUUGUACAUAAAGAGGGCCCAGACCACCAAUAGUAACAGCAGCUCAUCUUCAGAUGUUUCAACGCACAGUUAAUGGAGAUAUCUGGACAUGUGUGUAGACUUAGAAGCAAUCAGCGGUGCCUCUCAGAGACCUUUCUGCUACCCUUUCUUCAUUGGCACGUCCCAUCAACUAAAGGAGGCCACGCAGAUAUUUAUUGCAAUCAGUAUUUUAGUCCUUUAAAGCUUUUAUGUAGACUCUUAUUGGUACUGAAUGUAAAGGAAGCAAGGCCUGUGUUGCAGUCCUCAUUUAAGAAAAAACAACAGCAGAAAGCCAUACUUAAACAUAUUGGUAUAGCCAGCUGAAAUCUUUACCAUAUGUUUAGGUUGCAGUGUUUCAGAACUGAGUCCAAUAACAUGUUCAUGCUUAAAAGCGAAGUGAGUCCUUUUUUUAGUUAAUUUGACACACAGUUUUGUUUUUUAACGUGUUAAUUUCCUGCUGUGUAAGCAAUUUUUCCUUCUGGGUGUAACCCCUUUUGGCUAGACCCUUCACCUCACAAGUGCAGUGGUGUGUCCUCGUUCUAUAACUCUGAUCUGAAACUUGCCUAAACUGCAAGAUCUUGAUGAUGAAAUCCUUGCAAAUAUUGCCAUGCUUCUGGCAUUUAACGCUUUAAGACAGAUCGGUACCUUUAGUGAGUAAUAAAAAAAAUCCAAGUUUUAUAGAUAAAGCUCCAGAUUUCCAUAUGGGCUAAGAAUUUCUCUGCAGCUUUUCCCCACCCGCCAGUAUCGUCUAACAAGAGCAGCCUGGGUCUCCCGACUGUAACAAACAGGGUUAACAUCAGCCCUGCCUUCCACCUUCUUCCGUUGCUCAGAAGACCCUGGGGGUUAUUUUUAAAGGCAGGAUAGUGGGUUUGUCAUCAGGAAAUGUAAAGGGGAACUCUUAACCAUACAAAAUAUUCCUGUAUGUUUAAAUUUGCAGCUAUGGGGCUUGACCCGCACAUAACCUUGUGCCCAAAAAGCCUGCAGUGUAGUUAACCAGCAUUUUAACCUCUCCCUUGCCGACAGAACUAGAGUACAAUCCUGCAAGGCACUUAGCACCUCUGGAUAGGUGUUGAGUGCCCUCAGCUGCCAUUGGCUUCAGUGGAGAUGGGGUCGCUCAGCCCAUGCAGGAUCGGGCCCCUGUAAUAGGCAAGGCUGGCAGAAUUCUUUAAUGGACUGAUCAGCACGGGGAAAAUUUAGAACCAACCCAGCCCCAGUGAAAUAUACCAGCAGAGGGGCCCCCCGGGCUCUGCACAUCCCCUGCAGAGCGGCCUGGUGUCCCACCCAGGGAAGGCUGAUGCCAUGUCGACUCAACCCCCCCACCUCCCCAUCAGUAUGUUGAAAGACCUGAUCCUGAGAGGUGCUGAGUGGCCUUCCUCUCCCAUUGAAAUCAAUAAUAGUUGAGGCUGUCUCAGGCCCCGGCAGAAUCGGGCCCCAAAGCAGCAGGUUUCUCAGCCUCUUUCAUCCCUUGUGUGACAAAGUGGAAGGGACGAUCCGGCUCUUGCUUUUUUCAGGAUGGGCCCGAUCUUAUGCUGGCUGCAGGAUCAGGCCAUUUGUGUGCUGCUCUUCCUGCAUAUAACCCCAUCAUAAGAGAGAUCUUUACUAGCCUGUAUUGUGGUGUUUCCCCAAAGACUCACCGCAGACUCAGAAAUGCCUUCAUUGGAGGGAGGCUGUUAUAACCUGCGCUAGCCAAUAAAAUCCAGUCUCCCUUCGCGGGGACCAUUCACUUUCACCCCUUGUCGAGACGCUAGAGGUUUUCUUCUUCAUUUUUUAAAUCUUGUUGUGGAUGAUUUGAAUUAUUUUAGUUUAACAUGAAUUAAUUUUCCCUUUUGAGGAAAUAUUCAAUCAAUAUGUUGGCAGCAAUCAGUUGUCCCGUUUGACUUUUUAGGGUGUUUUAUUUUUAAACUGCUUUCCUAACAGUCAGUAUUUUAAAAGUCUCUUUUCCCAUCUCAGUUCAGCAUCUUCUGGGGGGUCCAAACCCCAGAAGUGGAAUGCAAAGUCUGCGUAAGUGACUGUGUUGUGUGCUUAGUCCUUCCAGCUGUCUGACCGAUCUUGUUCCAUCCCGGUUUGCUGUUUGUUUGUUUGAAUGGCACACUGUAGCGGAUCUAUGGGAAUUGAAUUCCUUCUGAAAUGAUUUUAUAUAUUUUAUAAAAUACUGUUAGUAUGCACUGAGUGAAUGCACUGUAACGUCCAUAAACUGACCUACCGCAUAUGCUGACACUACAGUACGAAUUAACAACUCGUCUCUUAGAAAUACAUGUGAAAUAUGUUGCUGCUGCUGCUUUGAGACUUCAGUGAUGAGCUUGUAUUUCCAGAUGUUAUUAGCAUAAUUGGGGCUGCAAAUCACAGAACCAGGCCUUACUUUCUUAAUCAGAUACUGUUUUGUUUAUCGACAGAUGCUCAUUAAUGUGAUUCUUUGUUUCAUUACACGAGUCAAUCAAGGACAGUUCAGCCUUUGAGUACUCUAGACGUCUGUUACACCUGUAUACAGUAGGAGGCAUUCUGCUUCGAUUAUUUAUAAAGUCAUUUGCAUAUAAUGUACAUAGUAAGGUUGGUUUAGAGUUUUGAACAUGACCGGAUUUUCCUUUGAAGUGCUCAAAGGGCUAGCUCUGAAUGUCACUUGUAUGAUCUCCAGUGUUCUGCAUUCUGAAAGCUGUUCAAUUUUCGCAAGCAUAAAGGUCUCUCUGGCUACAAAUCUGACAGUGUCCGGGGACAUUUGCAGAGAAGGAUCUGCAUGUUGAUGAGACAUCAGUGAGGCAGGUGUUAAUGUUUUCCCAGCAGUAGCCACCUACAACAGCUGCCUUUUUCUUGCUGCCCAUUAUACAGGGCUUCAGUUUUUGGUAUCUUACAAGAAAAACGUUUCUUUGAUUUGCCCACCAUGCUUAUAAAGUCUGACUGUGAGGAACUGUGAAAAUACCAGCACCCUUUGGCUGUGGGGUUGCUUAAAUCUCAGACAAGGAUGGCCCUUCUGUCAUUGGCUGUACCAGUGCUCCGUGGGCAUGAGCAAAUCAAUUGAUACAUCCCCCUCACAGUUUUAAGUACUGUAGUUCUCUCAUGUAGUGCAGAAUUAUUGAGGCAUGUGGCUUUCUUAAGGUACACUAUGUGUGCUUGCCUGGAUUACAAUACAAGACAAGACUUCUUUUCUAUUGCUUAUUACUAGCUUACCAAUAACUCGUAUAAGUAACGUAACUCGCAUCUUUGUCAUCUAAAUCUUUUCCCCCUCCUCAUCCCUUUAUUUAUCAAGCAUAAUAUGACAUAUUAAGGGACAGAAAAUAAAACUUUGUAGAAUACAGCAGGACUUUGCUAACAAUAAUGUUUUAAAUGGGAAGUAAAAACUGCUCUGAAAAAUGUCAGCCAUAAGAAAUGAUUUUGUUGGCACAGAGUUCAUGCGCAUGGUUUUUUUUUUUUUUCUUUUUUUCCUUCUUUUUUUGGCUUUUGUCAUGUUACAUCCAUAUCUGUAUUUAUAUCUUAUUUGUUUAACUUUUAAGUGUAUCAUGGCAAAUGUACAGAUGUUUUUUUGUUAACAUUUAUGUGAUAGAAUUUGCUAAAAAAAAAAUAAAAUAAAACCUUUUGCGUUUG